AUGGCGUCGCGAUCCGCGUUGGCCAGCGUGCCCACGGCCGUGGCGGCGUGCGCGUCGUCGUGCGGCGCCACUCUCGCCGCUGCGGCAGCGCCGCUCCUCGUUGCAUCCGAUCCCUUCGCCGCGUUCGAUCAGCGUGAGUUGCGGCGAGUAGAUCCUGCUCGCUGCUCGUUGACGACCGCUGCUUCCCCAUCGGAGCAGACGGCGACCGAACAAUCUCGAUCGGUUCUUUCCGAGCAUCCGCACUCCCACCCGCCCGCCGCUCCCGCCGCUCGGGUCUCAUCCGCUGCCUUCGUUUCUUCCCCGCUCGCAGCCCACAUUCAAUCGCGCUUCGCCGUCGCUCCAGCUUCCACAGCCGUCCGUCCGGGGUCGGCGGGAUCUCGUCAUCUCCUAGCCGUCCGUCCAGGUUCCAGUAGUUACCACCACAUUCUCAGCAGUGACGUGGCUCGCUCGCUCCUUCGCCAGAUCUUGCUGACGUCAUCGUGGCCACCUCAGCGCAGAUUCAGCGGGUGCAGAGCAGCGGGAUCAACGGCUGGCAUUUUCUCCGGAUCAACGGCUGAAUUAGAUCCUGGAUCGACGGCUAGCAGCGACCGGAAGGAUGCGGGAGAGGAGGGCAGGGCGGCAUUAUCCGGGGGAGGUGGGUUGUCUGACCGCGAGGUGUUGAGUUUAGCUACUGACGAUCUUGCACAGUCGCACGAAAGCGAUGAUGACUAUAGCGAGGCACGUGAGGAUGGCGCGUCGGAUGAUAGCGACGUUGAUGCGAGCGUGCAGGAAUCAUCGGAUGUGGCGCGGAGCAGCGACGGCGGGGGAAGCGCGGAUGCCCGCGCAAUGGGCGCGGGGGGACAGGCGGAGGCGGACGUGGCAGCGCAGCAGGUGGCGGGGCUGGCGACACUGGCGGAGCUGUACGAGGCGCAGGAGAAGCUCGCCAGGAGCGCGCGCUUCCGCGAAUCGGUUGCGCUCUUCCGCGCGUGGAUGCGCAAGGACAAGAGCGCGGGCGCAGGGGGGGGCGCAACCGAGGCAGGGGGCGCUCCUGCGCCGGGUGCUGGCGCGGAGGCAGCUGGGGAGGCUGGGGCCGGGGCAGAGAAGGCGGAAAGGCCGGAAUGGUGGAAUCACGAAUUCGAGGCGCAGCUACGGAAGGAGCGCGAGGAACAGCUGCCGCUGAUGACGUGGCAGCUGUACCUGCACGCGAUGAUGCACGUGGGGCCUCCCGUGCAGGCGGUGCAGGGGGUGGUGCGCGCGAUGAGGGAGAUGCGCGGGCAGGGCGUGCAGGCGUCGAAGGACACGUACCACGUGCUGCUGCGCACCGCCCUCGCCCGCCGCGACGCCAACGCCGUGCUGCUCUUCCUCACCCAGUGCGUCGGGGCGUCACGGUGUCGUGGGGGUGUGGGGCCGAUGGGCGCAGCGAGGGUGGGCAGGUACAACGGGGCGGUGGUGCUCAUGGGCGCAGCAAGAGUGGUACCAGAAGCAGGCAGCUACAGUGCAGCGGUGGUGCUGUGCGCCAAGGAGCGCCGCAUGCACGCGGCCUUGCAGCUCGUGGCGGACAUGCGGCGGGCGCGCAUGGCACCGUCCCCCCGGGCCGUGUCGGAGCUGCUCGCCACGUGCCUGCACACACGGCGCUCCCGGGAUGCCAUCACGGUGCUUGAGGUGGUCAAGGCGCACAAGAUAGAGAUGGAGGGCAGGGCCAUGGAGCAUGCGCUCAUGACAGCCGUGGACACCGAGGACUAUGACUGCGCUUAUCUCGCCAUGCAGGAGCAACGGGACAGCGUGCACGAUGGGCUGAUGCUGCACGUGGCCAACAUGGCGGCCAGGGCGGGCCACACGCCCAUCAUAGAGCACGUGUGGGACCGCCUCCUGCGCCGCCCCUACCCGCCCUCCCCCGCCUUCCACCUCGCGCGCAUCCACGCCUACAGCGCCGCGCCCAACUUCCCCUGCGCCUUCCGUGCCGCGCUGCACCUGCAGGACUUGCUGCUGCACCCCACGCUCGCCCGCCCCAAGGACCUUCCCCCCUACGACAUCUUCCCCAAGUUCCGCCCCGGCACUCCCGGCGCUCCCCAGGAUGAUUUAUUUCGCUACACGCUGCCUCUGCCGGCCCCGCCUGGUGCUGCGGGUGUAGGGGGUGAGGGGGAGGGGCUGGCGGGGGCAGAGGGGGGGGUGACAGGUGGCAGCGCGCCAUUGGAGGAGCUGAACCCAUUCACGUCGCUGCGGCCGCUGACGCUGGCGCUGUGCUCUAAUGUGGAUGUGCUCGAUAAGGGCUACAGCACAUUGGAGAGCAUGCACGAGCAGGGCGAGGUGGUGGCGCUGGCAGCACUCAACUGCGUGGUGGCGGGGUGUGCCAUGCAGCGCGACGUGGGGCGCGCACAGCUCACCUUCGAUGAGAUCACGCGCACGUUCCAACUGCAGCCCGACACGCACUCCUUCAACGCCCUCAUGGAGUGCUACUCGGGCGUGGCCGACGUGCGCACGGUGGUGCAGCUGUUUGAGCACAUGACGCGCACUCUGCACCUGCCACCCACCGCCGACUCCUUCACCAUCCUCGUGGACGCCCACAUCCGCGCCUUCGAUGCCCCGGGGGCAUGCAUCGCCAUGGAUAAGAUGGUGGGGGCGGGCUUCACACCGUCGCGCCCACUGCUGCUGCGCCUGCGGCGGCGCUGCCUGUGCUCCGGUCUGGCGCAGGGCGUGGCGCGUGCGGAGGGCCUGCUGCAGGCGCUGCGCUUCCGCACCGUCAACGCCGACGAGCGCCGCCGCCGCCAGCACCUGGCCCAGCUGCCGCCCUCCGUGGCGGAUCCCCGCCUUGCUGCCCGCAUGCAGGGGGCGGGGCAGCGGUGGGGUAGGCGGCGAUGGGGGGAGCAGGGGCAGCAGGAGGGGCAGGGGGAGCAGCACCAGCAACAGUGGCAGGAGGAGCGGCGGCAAGAGGGGGAGGAGGCAGGUUCACCUGGUUUGUGA